UCCGAGUAGCCAAUCCAAUGAAGCUUUCACACGUUGCAGAUACUCAGCCUCGUGGCUGCCUAAACCACAGUCGACCCGAAUGUUCGUGACGCCCGUGACCUUCACCGCACCUCAACUCCACUAUCGCGUCUUUCGUAGCUCGACACUAUCAUGAUAGGUUACCUUCGAGCCCCAUUCGCGCACUGCCAUUAGCAGGUAGAGCCUAUAUCUCCCGCGCGACGAGCGACAACUCGACCGAACCACGAUACCAGCGUACUUUUCAUCAUCAUGGACACCUCGCAAGCAGUCGUACCUCAGCCCCCACAUUCAGCUUCGCACUUGAGACCUGAAGAACCUGAUAGCCUUCUUCCAAGUCUUAGCGCGCAUGUGUACCAAUCUAUUGAUUCAGAGAAUGGGGAGAUUCGUCUACUCGAGGUGUUACCCGGGCGCUACAACGAUGUGAUCAAGAUCAAUCUCUACGCGAAAAACCUCAACGACAAACCGACAUACGAAGCACUUUCUUACGCGUGGGGUACCAUACCUAGCUCAAACCGAGCCAUCAUCAACUGCUGUCCAGUACCUGUGAGAGAAAGCCUUGAUUUGGCACUUAGACGUCUCCGAAACCCCAAUCAAUCUCGCAUACUAUGGAUUGACGCUCUGUGCAUCAACCAAAGCGACACCAGGGAAAGAUCACAUCAAGUCCAGCAUAUGGCUACCAUUUAUAAGUCUGCGACUACGGUGGUGAUAUGGCUUGGCGAAUGGCAGGCUCUCGAAAAAUGCUCAGACUUUCCAACCAAACCAGAAUGUCAAACGAUGUGGAUACGACACCUGAACCGCUCGAUCAAUCUCAUGUUUGUUCCCGGCGAGUCUGAUCCACAUCAUCUUCAUCUGUGGCAGCACGCUCUGGAGAUUAGUAGGCUACCCUGGUUCCGCCGUCUUUGGAUUAUUCAAGAGCUCUUAUUAGCCUCCUCCCAACCAAAGUUCAUGAUUGGCGAUUGCGUGGUUAACUCGAGCGACUUGUUUACAGCCUUGAAAGGAGUUCUAUCGGUCCUUUUACAAGAUAGAUACUCUUACAGGUUGAAGCGCGAGCAAACGACGCCAGGGUUAGGGACACUUCCUCGUUCCUCAACAUCACAAGCGAUGGGACCAAAUCAAUCGUUUCACCAUUUGCUGAUGUUGCACAAAAUGCUAGAGAGCUUCCUGGACUCUGGUGGAGCAAGCCUCUAUGAGUACUCGGUAUUGUCACGAUACGCUAUGGCUACAGACUCACGAGACAGAAUUUACGGUUUGCUUGGCAUCGUCAAAUCUUACGUGGCUGAGCCUAUAGUACCCGAUUACACAAAGGCUUGGCCACAAGUUCUCGCUGAGGCGACGAUAGUGAUGAUCUCAGAAGAUGGACAAUUUCCUUACAUGAGUGAUGAGUUUGCUUUUCCUUCUGCGGAUCGACCCCAAGAAGGCUAUCAUACACCUUCGUGGGUGCUAGACUUUUCCCAAUCGAUUUCAGGCCAUGGAUCAAUCGACUUUCCAAGCUACAAUAUAGACAGGCUAAGUUCAGAAGUGAUCGAGCGCCGACGAAAGUCACUACGUCUGUCGGACGAUUUUCGAACGCUUUAUAAACACGGAUGGUAUUUUGGAAGCAUUAACAGAACUUACUUUUUCACACCGGAAGACUCUCUCAGAAGCCCUGGGGAGAUUGCCAUGGAAUCGGCGGCUGGACUGUACGACUUUUAUCAUGAGGCCUUGAAGCCGAGCGAUAUAACACCGAAUCUCCUUUAUGAAGCUCUAAUCAAGAGGCACUACUUCGGCUUUAGUCUUGAAGAAUUCACCUCUUCUUUACUAGGCCAUAGAGAUGAUUUCCUACUAUCAUAUCGAGAUGGAAGUCCAAGCUUGUUCUCGCAUCGUCGGCAGAGUGUGGGUGGGCACCCGUUCAGCGUAUUCCUUACCGAUAAGGGCUAUGUCGGAUACACAUGGCUUGACGAAAAUUCGGAUAUUCGAGUAGAUGACAUACUUGUCGCUCUUUUCGAACAUCGAAUGCCUUUCAUUCUACGACCAGUCGAGGGAGGUUCCACCUAUCGAAUGGUCAAUCUAGCUCAUGUAUCGGAGCGUAGUGGUAAAUAUUCCCAGUUUUACCAGUUAUCUGGGUUCGAAUUUUACCAACCCCAUGAGGAUCCGCGUGAUUGGGUUUAUGAUGAAGCAGAGGGCUGUUUCGAGUAUGCUAUCGUUUAGGUCUGCCUUGACGCCUGGAAGUCCAGCAGCAACACCAAAAGUCGACCCCACGCGGAUAGUACUAUGGAAACGCACCAACAGUAAACAGCCCCACACGGAGCUCGGACUAGAUUCCCAUUCGGGAGCA